AUGGAGUGCACGACCGUGAAGCUCAGUGUUGCCCUCGGCGAGGAAGUUGUCCAACUGUCCACGCUGGACCAACAAGCGCAACGCGCCUAUGCCAAUCUCCUGCUCGUCUUCAAACUGAGCCAAAAUGCCGACGCCGACCAUGUAUUCUCAAGUCUGAAGCGUGGACUUGGAGCGGCGCUGACCGAGGUGCCAGACUUUGCGUCUCUUGUCGUGCCGGUGCCGGGCUCGAAGAAGAAUGAGCUGCAACUUCGUCUUGGGCCUGACUCUGGGGUGCCAUUCAAGCUCGUCCGCCAAGAUGCGCUGGCUAGUCACCUCGAGAAGCACUCGAGCGGCGGCACAUAUGCCGAACUGGCCCGGGACAACUUUCCUCUGGCAAGUGUACCUACCGAACUCUUGUUCAACCAGCUGCCCGCCUCCGAGCUAGCUUGUGCGCGAGGUCUUCCCGGGCUUCUUGCGCAAGCCAGCGUGGUCGAUGGCGGACUCAUCAUGGGCCUCUCGUGGCACCACACCGUCAGCGACGCGCGGGGCAUCAACACGCUUCUGUCCUCGUGGGCUCGCCACACCAAGAUGUGGGCAGGCCAGGGAACCAUCGGCUCGCCGAGCGCCGCGCCAGAGCCCACCAGAGACCGGUGGCGACUGACCUGCGGCCCGCGCGACGUACACGUCAGCCAUUUCAGCGACUACCAGAUCAACGCGGCCGCGAGGACCCCUCUCUCGCCCGCGGCCGCCCAUCUGCUGGACCGGCCGGACACGACAAACGCCACGGCCGGGCUCAGCACCUGGUAUUUCAGCAAGAAGGCGCUGAGCAGCCUGCGCGGCGAGCUGGGCCGCGCAGCCGCCGACGGGAGCGACGCGGUGCAGUUUACCAGUGGCGAGGCCGUCUCGGCGCUCGUCUGGAAGCACCUGAGUCUGGCCCGGCUUCUACAUCAGCAACUGGCGCAUGAGACGUCGCUGUUCGCGUCGCGCAUCGACUUCCGGGGCCGUGCGAAGCCUGCGUUUGCGGACGGCUACAUUGGCAACAUCAACGAGCCAAACGCGCGCACCCGCAUGCGCCUCGCCGAGGUCUGCGCGCCGUCUAGCCCCGCGUCGCUCGUUGCGCUCGCCGCGGCGGUGCGGGAAGCGAUCGGGGCUAUGGAUGAAAAGACGAUGCGCGAGUUUAUCGGGCUGGUGGAGGGGUCGUCGUCCGUGACGGAUGUGUACUGGGACUACAAUACCUUUCCCGGGCCGGAUCUGGUCGUGACGGACAUGUCCGGCAUGGACACGCUGAGACAAGAAUGGGGUGGUGAUCUUGGACAGCCGGUCUGUAUUCGGUCUGGUUCACGCGAAAAAGGUGUUGCCUAUUUCUUGCCGCAGGAUGCGCAGGGUGGUUUCGAGGUGCAGCUCCAGUGUACGGCCGAGGAUCUUGGUAGGCUCAAGGACGACAGUCUGUUUACCAAAUACGCCGAAUUCCGCAGCUGA